UUAAAGGCCCGAUAACACAAUGGAUUAUUUGUCUAAUGUAGCGUUGUUGCAUUGUAGCAUUGUGGAAUAAUGGUCCAUAGUACUUACUACUAUAGUAACUAGUUAAAGUGCCGUUUUCACAUUUUAGUGUUUUAUUUAUGACUUAACAGUUACCUCCGCGUUCUGGACCGUAUCAAGAGUCGCUUCAACACGAAAUUUCGAAUUACCAUACUUCAAUAAUUGAUAACUCCAGUACUCUACAUACAUUACAAUCAACAAGCAAGAAUAACGAGUAACGACAAUAUUGUACAAUACUGAAUACAAAAUACCGUAACUAAUACUCCAAAAUGUCGCCCACAAAACAUACUAAUGAACAUUUACAAGAGCAACGUCCGAAUUAUAACCCUUAUGUUAAACUUACACAGCUAACUCAAGAAGAUAUAGAGCAGUAUACUGGCAUAAAACAGAAAAAGGAGAAUACAUCUAAUUUAUCAAAUGAGAGUAUUCCUCUUAGAACAAUAAAACAGGAAUAUCAAGAUGAUCCUAAUCUCGAGUUCUAUGAAACUACAGUAGAACAUACUUUGUGGCAAUCUUCGGUACAAGAGAUUAAUAUCAAAAUUGAAAAUACUAAUUUAAUUGAAGUAAAAACUGAGCCAAUAGAUCUAACUGAAGAAACUAUAUUUGCACGCUUAGCAGACAAUUCAGAAAAUCCUAACAAUAACGGAUUUCUUUGCGGAGUAUGCUUUGCUUUUUUCGAUAAUUUUGAAGAAUAUGUCAUCCAUAAGAAUUUGUCACAUAGUAGUAAACCUUAUGUAUGUGAUAUUUGCAAUGCAACAUUUGUUCUUAGUGCUCAUUUGAAUCUACAUCUGGGCGAACACGUUAAUUAUCUAUGCAUGAGAAAUUCUUCCAUAAGCCCUUCAGAAAUUCAGUCGUCAUCUCAAAGUAACUUGAUGAUAACUCCUAGUGGAAAUUACAAAAAUUCGAGAUCAACCACGGCAUUGGCUAAAAAUUCUUGCCAUACUAGUACUUCAGUAGAUUUACAACAAAAUGUUUCAAACAAUUCUACACAAAACUUUUGUGUAACUGAUUCCAAUAAAAAUUUACAAAAAACAAAAUUAAAAACAUUUAAGUGUCUAAAUUGCAUGUUUACAACAGCGUCUGAAACUCAAUUUCUUAAUCAUCAUGAUAUUUGUGAUAACAUUUCAAAAACUUCCAAGUUUCAUCAAUGUCAUUUAUGUAUUAAAUCAUUUAAAAAUUCUUCGGCAUUAAAUAGUCAUUUAAAAAAUCAUAGUUAUAGAAGCGAAAUAAUUUCAAGGAAAAAGCUUGUUUCAUUAAACAAGAAGAAAAUCAAAAAUCAAAACAAAAAUACAUUGAUAAAAUCUCAAAAAUUUGUUUUUCCAAAGAUUGCAAAUUUUAACAGAAGUCAUAAGUGUAAAGAUUGUAAUAGACAUUUUACUACACGUCACAAAUUAAAUAUUCAUUUCAAGCAACACAAAAAACAAAUGAUAUGUAAUCAAUGCAAUAAAAAAUUUGUAUUAAAGAAAAACUUUGAAAAACACUUACUAUCGCAUAUGUCUAAUGAUACUUCAUUUAAUAAAAGUAAUUCACUUCAAAACCAAAAAACAACUAAAAAAUCAAUAAAACACAAAUCGGUUUCUAACAGUGAAACACAGAAUGUCUUGGAAACAGAAAAAUCAUUUCAAUGUCCUUUUUGCAAUAAUUAUUGUAAAUCGAAACAAUCUCUGAGCCAACAUAAAAGACAUCAUCAUUCUACUAUAAAACAUACUUAUCGAAAACUAAAAUCAAAAACUGUUGAAUGCAAAUGGUGUAGUAUAAUAAUAACAAAAUGUAACUUGCUUCGUCAUAUUAAAUGUUUGCAUCCUAACAUCAAUCCUAUAAAAUGUUCACACUGUCCAAUGGCAUUUAAAGAAUCUGCCUCGUUGAAAUUACACGUAUUUGAAUGUCAUACAAAUUAAGUUAAUUAAUUUAAAAACUAAAAUCUAAGGUAUAUCGGAUUAUAGUACAAUGUAUACUUAAUUCCUAAUUUUCAGAAUAUUUUUAUACCUGUACUUUUUCCUUUGUAAUUAUUUUUUUAAUUUUUACGUAUUUAUAAAUUAUAUAAUUAUACUCAUAAUUAAUUAACUUUACGACCUUAAUAUUGUAAAAUUUUACUUAUUUUUGAAUUUUUAUUUAUAGUUAAGUUAUUUUUUUUUAUUUUUUUAUUAUAAUAUUAUUUGUAGCUCAUAAUUAUUUAUUUUUAUAUACAUUUAUUAUCAGAGUAAAAUAUACUGACACAAUGCAUGAUUAUUAUUAGGUUAAUAUUGCGAUUCUUGAUGAUCGCUGAAUAGACCAUAGUCUGACCAAUUAAGAUUAUUAUAAACUUAAUUUUAAUUUUCAUAUUAUGUAAUAAUAUAUAUAAACUAAAAAUACAAUUUGUAAAAACUAGAAAAAUA